AUGUUCUUCCUCAAAUACCUCACACACAAAACCGAGCUCCACCCAUCCUACUUCGGGCCGUCCAUGGUCGAGUUCCUUAACCAAAAGCUUCGCGAUGACGUUGAAGGAACAUGCACAGGCAAAUACGGCUACAUCAUCAAAGUGGUCGGUAUGAUUGAUGUUGGUCAAGGAAAAGUCAUCCCCGGAUCCGGCCUAGCUGAAUUCAACUCGACCUAUCAAGCAGUUGUAUUGAAACCAUUCAAAGGAGAGGUUAUGGAUGCAAAGAUUACGAAUGUGAACAAGAUGGGUUUCUUUGCAGAGGUUGGACCGUUGAAUAUCUUUGUAUCAAGUCAUUUGAUACCGAUCGAGUACAGGUUUCAACCGGAAAGUAAUCCACCAGAGUUCGUCAGUGCAAGUGAUAGGUUGGUGAAGGGAAGGAAGGUGAGGAUUAAAAUUGUUGGUACGAGGGUGGAUGCGAAUGAGAUUUUCGCUAUUGGGACUAUGAAGGAGGAUUAUCUUGGGCCUUUUGAUUAG